AUGGCCUCCUUCAGCCUAGGCAACGUCCCACACUUCCGCCCAUCCCACAUUUUCCCACUGCUCGGAGGUGUUGGAAUGGUGCUCGGCGCUGUUCUACCAUUAACAAAUCCACCCAAUGCCAUUCGAACAUUUGGUCUGCCUGAGCACAUUGCCCGCUCAGGGCCUGCACAAGCCUGCUUUACUAUUUACGGCUCGAGGGCUGCAUCCCUUGGCGCAGCGCUGUUCAUUUUCUACUAUCAGGGGAAACUCAAGGCGGUCGACACUAUCCUAUCGCUCCAGGCGUAUGCAGGUAUCGUCGACGCGUAUGUAUGCUGGAAGGAGGGCGUACCACGGAAAGCAGUUGCUAGACUCGCGACAGGGCUGCUCGUAGGUGCAUGGGGUAUCAUGGGCUUGACAGCGGGAGACAGUACAGUCUAG